CAAAAUUGCCAACAUGGCUUCCGAAUAUGAAGACCAGUUCAAAAUAUUGAAAAUGAUCCAUAAAGACCUCUUAGCGGGCGAUCCUCAAAUAAUUGGGGUAUUUGUGGGAAUGGCAGUUGUCAUCAUAACAAUUUUAUACUUCCUUCUAUGUGGAAGGAAGAACAAAAGAAACGGUGUUCUCCUUGUUGGAUUAUGUGACUCGGGAAAAACACUACUUUGGAGCAGGCUUGUCAAUAAGAAAUUCGUCAACUCCCACACUUCGAUAAGAGACAACUGUGGCAUCUACAAGAUCCCUGACCAUUCAAAGACACUGAGGCUCUUCGACCUCCCGGGACACGAGAGAACGAGAAGUAAAUUCAUUGACAGUUAUAAAGAUAAUGCAAGAGGAGUCAUUUUUGUUGUGGACAGCACGACGAUUCAGAAGGAAAUCAAGGAUGCAGCCGAAUUUCUGUACAACAUCCUAAGUGAUGGUGUGUUCUCCUACAAUGCUCCACCAGUGCUUGUGGCCUGCAACAAACAUGACCAAACAUUUGCCAAGAGUUCCAAAGUCGUCCAAGAUCAACUUGAAAAGGAAAUGAACACCCUCCGUGUGACCAGAUCAGCCCAACUAGAGUCCACUGAAGGAACUGGCAACAACAACACUUUCCUUGGAAAGCGCAACAAAGAUUUUGAAUUUGGCGACCUUCGGCCUUUCAAGGUAGAGUUUGUUGAAUGCAGCGGGCGAGGCCAGAAGGACGAAAAUGAAGAAGACUUGGAAGGAAUUAAAAAUUGGCUCAAUAAAAUUGCAUAAAUUGUUUUUUAAAAAUGUUUGAAUGUUGAUGAAAGAAGUUCUGGAGUGAUGUUUGAUGUUUGUAAGGGUUCAACCUUAGCUUUAAAGGGGACUAUACAUCAGGACUGGAGAUAACCCCCAAAGAGUGUGUUUUGAAGCAUAAACUUGGCCCAGGACCCUUACAUUUGAAACUGUAAGAAAGUCUGGCUCGGGUCCUGAUACAUGUACAUGUUUUUUUCACCUGGCUUCAGGCCAACUGCCAUCUUAUGUUGCCUCGCAUCUUUUACCUGGGUGGCUAUUUUUGAUGUGUGUUCUCCAUCUGACGUCAUGAAAAAGAUCUCUCCCACCUGGAACCCAGCUCUGUCGUGACAAGACCUCUUUCAUGACAUUGUUCCGCCAUGAAGUCCUGAAUGCAUGUACAGGUUGAGUGAGAUUGUGUUUCUCCGAAAGGCUUAUAGGUGUCUUCACUGUCACACAAAUACAUGUGCCCAUUCAUAGGUGCCUGUAUGACCAUCCCUGUUAGGAGUACAAGUUUAUAAGAAAAAUUACACUGCCAGAAAGAUUUGUGAUACGACAUGUAGUACAUUAAGUAGAUGGCAAAAGUCCUCAUUCAUAUUUUGUCAAGUUGGUGUCGUCUUCUCAUAUCAAAAUAAAUCUGCACGUCAUGCUA